UAUUCAUUGUACACUUGUUAUGCGACGAAUAUAUGUGGACAACGACUAUAAUCUACUACGACUAGUGGGUAAUUUUUUUUUUUUUUAACUGACUGACUGAAAAAUGUUACGAUAACAAAACAAAUUGUGGGCUGGCCACAGCAAAGCAUCGGUUAGGUGUUUAAAGAGCAAGAACCUCAUUUAUUUUCUAAGUUGUUCUUAUAUCACCUUCUUUUGUAAUUUAGUUACCCACCUAAGUAAUAAAACCUUUAUUUAAGAAGAGUUCUUUUACACAUUUUUUUUAUAGCAAAUAGUGAGUACUCUUUUGCUUCUCAAAGAGGAAUCCGCAAAGGCAUAAAAAAUUCCUUCAAUUUGCAAGAGCAUUCUCCUUCAAGUGUUAUACACUUGAAAAGGAUUUGGUGGGUUUUGAAACAUGGAGUUCACUACCAAAAAGAUUCUCAACAAAGCAAAAUUGAUCCUACCGACAAUUUCUGGAUUUUUUAUUGCCUUCAUUUGCUUAAUCGUUCAAUAUUUCAAUGCAAAUAUUUCUACAAACGUACGACCAAAUUCUCAUAGGGAAUUUUCAUCAAAAUUCGAGUCAUCAGUAACAUCAGCAACAAUAACUACAAUGACCAACACACCAUCCAUACAAGUAACAGCAGCAGCAGCAGCAACAACAACAACUACUACGACGACCAAUACACCAUCCAUAUUUUCAUCCUUAUUUGAUUCUACUCCAUAUUCUUCACCAUGGAUGUAUUCAACAAGCGCCGAUCUAAUAGGUAUAGAAAGUGGUGUUUUCAUGGCUUCGACUCAUGAAGAAGAAGAAGAAAUUCUUCAACAAUAUCACACUAGAAAAUCCAACUGUCACAACAUUAGAAAAAAACAACCUAAGAAAUACAUGAAAAAAGAAUAUCCACCAACAAUUCCUUCAUGGAGAGGCAAAUUGCCUGGUGAUUUACCAUGGUCUCUCUCUAGACAUUAUGUUGAUGGAAGAUUAAUCCUUAAAGAAAAAGGAUUGGAGUAUUAUGAGUACCUAGAAUCCAAACAAAAGAAUGGGCGUCUCGUUUUAAAUCUACUAGUUUUAGAGAAUAACAUGAAAUGUAGUUUUGAUGACACUAUUGAGGCUGAAAUCACACACGAUGACACUAUCGAUCGAGUGGAGGAGAAAACAAUGAUUCAAGAAGAGAUACAAAGGGACUUCAUGACGAUCAAUGGAGAUAUUGGAACAAAAAGAGAAGAGAACAUUAGCAAUAUUGGGAAUUUUGCAAAUGAAGAAGGAAUGGCAUCAAAUUCUAGCUUGUUAGUAGCCGCAUAAAAUAGUUGAAGGAAAAAAGAAACAUGUUGGGUCAUUUGUGUUUUCCUUUAUGUUUGUUUAUAUAUCUUUUGUCUAUGUUUUAGUUUGUUAAUUAUGAGUAACAUGUCGGCAAGUAGCAGAGUGAUGUCCUUUUUGUCAUGCAUUAUAUAUAUAUAAUUAUAUAUCUAUGUGUGUGUGUGUCAUUUUUGUAUAUGAAAACAUUUGGCAGUUUCUUUUCUCUUUUGCAUUUUAUUUUAUGAUCAAUUAGUUAUCUCUGUCUGCACGAAUUCGGGAUCUAUAUAUUAUGGCCUGAGAUUUAGGAUUAAUGCAGUUGAAUCCAUUGACCAUUUGAGUUACUGUAUUAGAAAUUUAAUAUUUUGUACAUAUUUAGAAGAUUUCUUAAAUACAUAUACAAGUUAAAUCACAAAAUUGGAAUUAGCUAUGGACUUUGUUGUUAAUAUCUCUUAAAUUGCUCAUAGCUAACAAUUUUUUUUUUUUGAUAAUCCAUUACUAAAAUGAUAAUUGACUUUGACAAUAUAACUGAUUCUACCCUACAUUUUAAAGGUGCAAGCUGCGAGUAUAAUUCCGCAUUCUAUCUUGUAGAAAAUAAUAUAUAGGUUCUCACAGCUAACUAAAUGGGUUAGCUCUCACAACUUAAUAUUAAAUACUGACAGUUUAAUAUAGUCGACCAUGCUCCACAUAUUCAUGAGCAACUUUCUCUGAUAGAGCUAUCCUCAGACAAAACGACUAUAAAAUUAAGCACACAUGUAAUUGUUUGAAAACGGCUACUCUUUAUAAUGCUAUUUUGGUUAUCUAAUUGACAAAACUAAUCGCAAAUAGAAAUUCUAUAUUUGUACUGAUAACAAGUAAAUUAUUUUUGACAUAUUACUUGUCAAAAACUAAAGCAUAGAAAAAAUUAAAUCUAAACAAACAUAAAGAAAAAUACAAAUGAACCACUACAUGUUUUCCCCUCCUACUUUUUUACUCAACUCACUACUAGAAAUAGAGGUUUUUUGCACCGACAUUCAGUGAAAAAUUUGUGCUACAAAACAUGAAAUGCAUGGUGGGAAAACAGAAUCCCAUUAAAAUGCUGGUAAACUUCCUAAUUUUUCUGUGUGAAACACUAUUAUUUAAGUUUUUCCACCGACAUUUAGGGGAAUAUAGCCACUGAACAUUUUUUUAGUGGGAAAAUAGUAAUUGUUUUAGUAGUGACUAGAGCUUUAACUGAUUGGAUUAAUGAAUCCACAGGACGCUAUUGCACGAAGUUAGAGAUAUCGUAUAACAAUUUAUUCGUUAUUAUUCACGGAAUAAAAUAUUUUAUGUUAUUAUUAAUCUUUGCAUAAUUGGCAUGUGAACUAAACCUUGGACUAUCCAAAAAAGAACAACUCCAAUU